CUGGGGUCCUUGGUAUGUUUCUUUGCUCCCAUCUUUAGCACUACUAUUUCCUACCACUUGUUUCUCAUCUUCUCCAUAAGCAACCCUACAAAUAGUUGAUAAUACAUGCAUGCUGUCUCCAGAGAAGGACAGCACAUUCUUCAUAUUUCCAGCAUUGCCCUCUGAGAUUGCUCAAUAAUAAGAUCCAAAUAAUCAGCCUAAAUAGCUAUAUAUAGAAGCUAACACCUGUCUCUUGUACGCUGUGCAAAGAAUUCAAUCAACGUUUUUUACUAUUUCUGCACAUCUAUAGGGUGUAGAUUUGGCGUUUUUUCGGUUAGCUGAGCUAGAAAUUAACCAUUACUGUUUUAUUGUUAUAUAACAUUGCUCUAUAUUUCUUGAUCUCUCUCUAAACAAAUAUAUCCUUAGCCCUACCUAGGGCAAGGUUCUGAUCUACCUUCAGCUACCAUUUUAAUUCAUUUCUCUUUUCCAUCCUCGAAACCACUCCUCCUCAAAAGAUGCCAUUGUUUCGUUCUCAAAACGAAACAAUGGCUGUUCAUAAUGAGUAUUUCCAAUAAUUCUUUGUUCUAUAGAUAAAAUUUUCAUUCAAAUAUUAGUGAUCCAUAUAUACAUAUUAUGGAAAUGGAGAAGAAAGGGACAAUCUUGAUGCAAAAGUACGAGCUGGGAAGACUACUAGGUCAGGGUACUUUUGCUAAAGUGUACCAUGCCCGAAACCUGAAAACCGGCCAGAACGUGGCCGUGAAGGUCAUUGACAAAGAGAAGAUCAUGAGGGUCGGUUUGAUUGAUCAGAUCAAGCGUGAAAUCUCCGUGAUGCGCCUGGUGAGACACCCUAACGUUGUCCAGCUCUACGAGGUCAUGGCAAGCAAAACAAAGAUAUAUUUCGCCAUGGAAUAUGUCAAAGGUGGUGAGUUGUUCAACAAGGUAGCCAAGGGCAAGCUCAAGGAAGACGCGGCACGAAAGUACUUCCAACAAUUGAUUGCAGCCGUGGAUUUCUGCCACAGCCGGGGUGUCUACCACCGCGAUCUCAAGCCGGAGAACCUCCUCCUUGAUGAACAUGGGAACCUAAAAGUGUCCGAUUUCGGGCUGAGUGCGUUGUUCGAGUCCAAAAGGCAAGACGGCCUCCUCCACACCACGUGUGGAACUCCGGCCUAUGUUGCACCGGAAGUCAUCAACAAGAAGGGGUACGACGGAGAGAAGGCCGAUAUAUGGUCAUGUGGGGCGGUGCUGUUUGUUCUCUUGGCGGGUUAUCUUCCUUUUCAUGACGCAAACCUCAUGGAAAUGUAUAGGAAGAUAAGCAAAGGUGAAUUCAAAUGCCCACAAUGGUUUCAUCCUGAGGUAAGAAAGCUUCUUUCCAAAAUUCUUGAUCCGAAUCCGAGCACACGAAUAACCCUAGUGAAGCUGAUGGAGAAUUCUUGGUUCAAGAAGGGAUUAAUCAAACAAGUAGUGGAAGAUCAUGAGUGUUGUAAAGACGAGGAAAACACGCCUCGUAGCCUUCUUGACAUACAUGAGGUUUUCGAAUCAUCGGUUAAUUCCACUUCGUCUGGUAGUUCAGAGAAGAGAGAAGAUGAAGCAAAGACGAGCUCAAAUAUGAAACCAACAUGCAUGAAUGCAUUUGAUAUCAUAUCUCUGUCGCAGGGAUUCAAUCUCUCGGGGUUGUUCGAGAAAGAUACGAAUCAGAGGUCGGAAGCAAGAUUUACCACAAAAAAAUCAGCUUCAGCAAUUGUAUCGAAAUUGGAAGAGAUCGCGACGAUGGAGAGCUUUGAGGUGAAGAAGAAAGAUGGGAUGGUGAAGUUGAAAGGAAGCAAAGAAGGGAGGAAAGGGCAGCUAGCAAUAAAUGCAGAGAUAUUCGAGGUGACGCCGUCGUUUUACAUGGUGGAGGUGAAGAAAGCGGCUGGGGACACAAUGGAAUAUAGGAAGUUCUGUAACAAAGACUUGAAGCCUAACCUCAAGGACAUUGUGUGGACUUGGCAAGGUUGUCAUGAUCAGCAACAACAACAACAACAUUAAACACUUCAUUUUCUGGCUUAAUUGUUGUAGGAGUUGGUUUUUUUUCUACUACCAAGCCAAUUCAUGCAUAUAUUCCGAUAUUUGGAAGCAGGUUAGGCUUCAAGGGGUGACCAGUGGAGAGAGCGAAGGGUAAAAAGAGCAACUAAAAAGUGCAUACUAAUAGCCUUUGAACAAGCUUGUUUUCUGCUGCAUGCAAUGUAUAUUUUUUCUUUUCUUUUCUUUUUUUUCCCACUCUCAUUUUUGGUACCUUUAAUUAUAUUCUUUUCAGUUUCUCGAAAUGUAAAGUGUGUUUUUUUGAAUAAUAAUAUUCUAACCGACUUUUUAAA